AUGGCGGCCAUUGCAGUACAACAAACACGGCCGUUUUUCACGACGCUCAGAUAUGCCUUCACUGUUUCCGCCGCAAGCUUUGCGGCACCUGCCCUGUCCUCUCCUUCACCCUUGAGAUGGGCACUACCGAGUCUUCAAUCUCUGCUUGAGCUACUUCCUCCAUUCCUUCUCGCUGUGCCGAAGAAGAAGGUUUCACAUUCAAGAAAAUCCAUGCGCAGUGCCAACAAGGGUUUAAAAGAUAAGAACAAUCUCGUCCAUUGCCCCGGCUGCGGUUCUCCCAAACUGGCGCAUCAUCUGUGCCCCAAUUGCUACUCAAGUAUGAACAGAGCAUGGAAAGUUAAGACUAGGCAAUCCGGAGAUGUUUCAGAAGGCGAAGGGGCGUCUGAUUCAACCGUUGCGUAA